AUGUUAACUUAUCCAUUUGAUUUUCAUUUUACAUCGGCUAUUGUUAAUCGUGUACCAGCAAGUUUAAAAGAUGCUGCAAUAUGUCAACGUGAAAUACGAGAAGUUAUUAAUAUUGAAAAAGCACGAAGACAACAUCAAGAUUAUAUUGCAGUAUUAAGAAAACUUGGUUUGGAUGUAAUUGAGUUACCUGCUGAUGAAACAUUACCUGAAGGAGUUUUUGUUGAAGAUACAGCUGUCGUUUGCGAUGGUAUUGCACUUAUAUGUCGACCUGGUUUACCUGGCCGACUUAAAGAAGUUGAUAUUAUUCGAACAAUACUUAGACGAGAAGGUCUUUGUAUAGUUGAUAUUAAAGAUCCAUUAGCAACUAUUGAUGGAGGUGAUGUUCUUUUCACUGGUCGUGAAUUUUUUGUUGGUUUAUCAAAGACUACAAAUUUAGCUGGAGCUAAAGCAGUUGCAUCUGCAUUUCCUGAAUAUCCAGUAACUUUACUUCGAGUUAAGAAAGGUGCACAUUUGAAAAAUUUUGUUUCAAUGGUUGGAAUGGAUACAAUGGCUAUUGGUGGAUCCGAUAUAGCUAAAGAUCUUCUUCGACAAAUGGAAGAAAUGAGUGAAUAUAAAUCAUAUAAAACAAUAACAUUACGUGAUGAUGCUGCAGCUAAUUGUUUAUGGAUUAAUGAAAUUAUUCUUCAUUUACCUGCUGAUCAUCGAUAUGAAGAAAGUAUUCGAAUUUUAACAAAUCGACUUGGUUCAACAGUGUCUCAUAGUGAAUUAUUAAAUAGUGAAUUUGCCAAAAUUGAUUGUGUUCUUUCCAAUCGAUGUCUUCUUUUUAAUCGACCAAAAGAAUAUAACAAUAAUGAUCGAUAA